AGAUGCUGUAAGGCGUGUCUGGCUGCUCUCCGUGUGAUACUGAUGGGAGGAGGGCUCCUAAAAGUGAACCCACAGACCCGUUUCAACACUUUCCAAAGCAGACAACCCUCGGGACGGACUGCAGGGCGCAUUUACACGGGCUGUUGGAUACCUACUUCCUUUUGAACGCUCGUAAUUUGACUAAGAGUGGAGAAACAGCGACGUUAUUCACCAUGGGAGCGACACCAUCCGUGCAGCGGGACGCGAAGAGCCCUGAAGAUGCGCCAGAGGACAUCGGCGCGGAGCUCAGCGACACUCAGGAUGGAGAAAACGUAGACGGCAAGCCUCUUCAGAAGAAUGGACAGAUCUCCAUUUCCAGUCUUAAUGGGAAGACAGAUGAUCAGACAGAGUAUAAUGGCCACACGGAGGAGAACCCACCAGCUGAGGUUGGCCAGACGGAAACCAUCACCCAAAAAGAAGACAGCCCUGAAACAACUGAGGUGCAUCAAGAAGAGGUUGCCCCUCAGGUUAAUGGAGAGAAAGGAGACGAUUCUGCAAAUGCAGAUGAAAUUACAACCACAGAAGAGAAGGCAGUACAGGAAAAACAAGAGGAGGCCAAUGAGGUGGGCUUCAAGAAGAUCUUCCGUUUCGUUGGAUUCAAGUUCACACUGAAGAAAGACAAGAAUGAGAAAACUGAGCCUGUGCAACUGCUGACAGUGAAGGAAGCAGAGAGUGGUGCAGAUGCAACUUCUGAGGAAAAGAAAGAGGAACCUGCAAUAGAGGAAGAUAAAUCGGUGGAAGACAAAUCACCAGAAACUACAGAAAAAGAGCAAGAGGCCACGACUGAAGAAGAGACUGAUAAGGCAGAAGAACCAGCAGACCAAACUGUAGUUGAUGCCCCAUCAGAGACUGAAAAGGUCGGUGAGGAGGUGACUGAAAAAUCUGCUGAAGAAAUAGGGACAGAAAAAGAACCAGAGAAAGAACCAGAGCCAGAAGCGCCAACUGAAUCGCCCACAAGUCCAGAGACACAGAGUCCCUUUAAGAGAUUUUUCACUCAGGGAAUCUUUUCUAACCUGCGGAAGAAGGCAAGCUUCAAAAAGCCCAAAGAUGAGGAACAAGGCAAGGAAAAGUCUGCAGAGGAGGACAUUAAGGAAACUGAGGAGACAGCAGAGGGUGUUGUUGAGGGUACAGAGGAACCUAAAGGGGAUGCAGAGAAAGAACCAGCUGACGGUGAGCAGAUAGAGAAACCUUCAGAAAAGGUUGAAACUAAAGCUGAAAUGACAACUGAAACAACUUCCACUGAAACAGAAGAGCCACAAGAACUUAAAGUAGAAGCUGAGGCUACAAGUGAAGCUGAAACUCUGACUCAAACUGAGACUCCUGAAGCUCCAGCUGCUGAAACUGCUGUUGAAGCUCAACCCUCCGAUGAUUCAAAACAAACAAGUGACAAGCCAGAUGUUUCAGAAGCAGCGACAACUGAAGCUGAAAUCCUGUCAUCUCAGGAGAAAUCCAACUUAAGCCCACUUAAGAAGCUGUUUACAGGAGCAGGGCUAAAAAAGCUGUCAUCCAAAAAGCAGAAGAGUAAAAAAGAAGCAGAGUCAAAGCAAACAGAAUCAAGUGAACCAGUUGCUGAAAACAUCCAAUCAUCCACUGAGUCAGCUGAGCCCCAGAAACCUGACAGCGGAGCAUCUUCUCCAGAAGAAUCUGGUGAGCAUCUUGUAGGGGAGGUACCUCAAGCUGAGGUGGCUCAAGCCGAGGUGGCUCAAGCUGAGGUGGCUCAAGCCGAGGCUGCUCAAGCUGCAGAGACUGAGGGUGAACCAGUCACUUCUGACAGUGAGAAGAAGAAAGAUGGAAUUUUACCUUGGUCCUCUUUCAAAAAACUAGUCACUCCAAAAAAACGUGUCAAGAGGCCCUCUGAGAGCGAAGAUGAAGCACCUGGAGACAAACCAAAAUCUUCUACCCUAUCUUCAAAUGAGAGUGCUGUCUUUGAUGAGAAAACUGAUGAGACUAAACCUUCUGAAGAGGUACCAUCUGAGUCUAAAGAAGAGUCACAGGCAGAAUCAAAGGCUGAGCCAAAAGUCGAAAAGCCUGAACCAGCUGCAGAAGAACCAAAAAGAAAAAUGGAUACAUCUGUGUCCUGGGAAGCCCUUAUUUGUGUGGGCUCAGCUAAAAAAAGGGCCAGAAAGACUUCUUAUUCUGAUGAUGAAGAACCUAAGAUUGAGGAAGAAGUGCAGCAGUCAGGAGAAGAGCAGAUAAAAACCGCUGAGUCCCCUCUUGUAAGCUCUGGUGAAGCUGAUCAUGAGAAUUUGGCUUCUUCACCUGAACCAGAAGAAGAACUUGUGUCUACCUGGGAAUCUUUCAAGAGGCUGGUAACCCACAGAAAGAAACCUAAAGCAGAAGACAAGUCUGAUGAAGCCUCAGGCCCAGAGCAUACAACCUCUGACAGUGAAGCCCCCAAAGAAGAAUCCUCUUUCUCUUUGAGGAAAUUGAUUCCACGCAGGAAGAAGAAGUCUGAUGGUAAACAAGAGCAGAUUUCUUCUGACAUUGGCUCUGCAGAGGAUGAUUCUGACACUCCAGCUGUGGUACCUCUUUCAGAAUAUGACAAUGAACCAGCUGCAGAAGUUGCGGUUAAGGGAGAGGAAGUGAAGCAAGAAUCUGCACCAGUCACCCAGGCAAAAACCUCAGCUGAGGAUAGAUCACCAUCUUGGAUCUCAACCACUGUGGAAAAUGUUGAGGAUGAGACAGAGGGAAAGCAGUUGAGUGACAUACCCGAAGAAGGAGACACAGCUGCCACACCCAAAUCGACUGAUAACACUAUUGCAGAGGACAUUGUUGAGCUUACUUCAGAAGCAGUUACGGCCCUUGAACAAGUAGAGGAGACUGAAAUGGUUUCUGCUGUAUCACGUGUUACAGCAUCACCAGUUACAUCAGGUGAGACAACUCCUGUCCCAGGUGAUGGUGUAGAGAAGACGACUGAUAUAGUACUACAAGAAGCUGUGGAAACUAUCAGUGUUACCAUAAGUGCCAUGGCUGUCACCAUGACUAAGGAACAGGAAGAAAUAGUUGCAGUCACCACUGAUGCUCUUUUGGUCGAGUCAGCUAUCAAGGAAGAGAAAACCAUCUUGGUUGCACAUGAGAAAACAGAGGCAACUAGUGUUUGCACUGGCCUUGACACCAGUGAAAUAAAGGUGGUGGAGGAAGAAAACCUCACUCAGAAGCCUUCAGUGGAGUCGGUAACAGUUGUUAGCCAGGUUCUUGUCACAGAGUUGGCUGUUGAAGACAAUACACAGGAGCCUGAACAGGCCAGUAUGACUGAGGAUGAGGUUCAUGAGGCUCAGAUGAGUGGAGGUCAGACAGAGCUCAAAGAAAAUGCGGUUGAGGAGAAAGCACAGUUUGAAGAGAUAAAGGAGACGCCUGAAGCUGAGACUGUGACUGAUCUCCAAGAAGUAGCAGCAGUCAAAGUAGCGCUCAUCAAUGCUGUACAACAGGAACCAGAGUUUCUUGAAGAGCCGGUGGUGGCAGAAAAAUCCCCUCAGGUUGAGGCUGCAGGUCCUGUGGAACCAACUGUUGAAGAUUCAGUCUGUGCCCAAACUGUAGAAGUCACUGAAGUUGUUGUUGCCGAAGUUGAGAAAGUGCAAGAACUGGAGGAUGUUAAAGAAGCUAAAGCCACAGUUGAGGUAGCAUCUGUGGAGGGAGUUGCCAUGGCUGUAACAGAGGAGGUCAUGGCAACCCUUCCAGAGGUGCCUGCUUCUCAAACUGCUGGGUCUACAGAAGAUCUAAUUCCAGUUGUAGCCGCCACUGAAGAAUUUGCAGUCAUCAAAGAGACUGUUUGUGUUACAAGCUCAACAUCUGAGAUGACAGAAUCCCAUUCAGCAGAUCUAGCUUGUGAAAUUGUUAUGGAAAAGGUUCCUCUUGUUCUUCCCGCAGAUGACCACAAAAUCCAGGUUAAAGUGAAUGAUGCUGAGGUUGGCUCUGCUCAAGAAGUUGUUGAGAGAAGCUUAGAAGUAACCUCAACGAAAGUUAGUGUUGUGGUUGAAGAAGUUAUUGAGAAUGUGAAAGAAGAAACUGAAGUGAUCCAGGCAACCCAAGUGACAGAAGCAGAAAUCAUUGAGAAACAGAGCAGUGUUAUUGUGCAAGAGGUCAUUCAAAAUGUUGUAGAGCACCUUGCUGAGGCACAUGCAGAACAAAAAGUGUCUACUGAGAAGGUAGAAAGCUGUACCACAUCAGUCGAUGUCAAAUUUGAAGAGGCCCCAGUGGUUUUUGGAAUGAUUGAGGAAAAAACUUCAACAGAAGUCGUUUCGGAGGAAAAAGCUUCACUAGAAACAAGCCCAGAGAAGCCAAAAGCAUCUGACGAUAUCUGCAAAGAUGAUAAUGAACAAACUCGCAUUGUUACUGAGAAACCAAUGAAAACAGUCAACGACACCAUCCUGAUUACAGAAACAGUCACGGUUUCUAUCACAGAUGAAAUCCAACCUCAAAAUGAGGAGGUUGCCACAGUCUCUGUGGAAGAUGUGCAUCAUAAAACAGAGGUAACAAAAAGUGAAGUCGAACUUGAGCAAGCAGAAGAGAAAAAGCUUAGUGGGACCACAGAAAGUGAAGAAGGAAAAAGACAAGUUGAAUCACAUCCCAAGGAAGUGCCAACAGAAAUCCAGCAAGAGACACAAGCUUCAGAGGUUUCAGAAGCCAUACCAGAAGAAAAGAUGACCGAAACAUCUGUUAUGGGUGAAAGUCAAGACCAGAUUGUGGCUGAUCAGUGUCAAAUGGCACAGGAGGUACAGAUUGAGACUGCACAGGAAUUUAACGUUGGUGUCAUAAAUGUCAUAAAUGCAGAUGAUGUACCUGUUCAAGACACUGAAACAAACAUGAAAGAAGAAAGUUCAGAGGACCAGGAAUCAGUAGAAGACAAGCCUCAAAAAGACUUGGAAGAACCUCAAAUGGAGGUUUCAACACAGGACACAACAAACCAGGGAGAGUCAAGAGAUCCAGACUGUCAAAAGACAGAUGCUGAAAAUGUACCUGCCAAACUGGAGACUGCUACUGAGAAGACAGCAAAUGCCGUUGCAGUGGAGGAGGUGAUGGAGGAGGUUGGGAAUGAGAUCGAGCCAGUCUCCUCAGAGGUUGUCACAGUGUCAUGAGCAGUCUGCAUGUAAAAAGCAGUUACAUGUCUGGGGCACAGAGCUUUCCAGAAAGCAGGAAGUGAGUGGCAGCCAUGGAGGACACUAAGAGACAGUGCUCUGUACCAACUCCCAGACCAAGAGAUUUAAGGCCAAUCUCCCUUCUCUUGUUCUCCUUUAAUCCAUCCAUUCAUCCCUCUUAUCCUUUUUCCAAAUUCCCCAUAACUCAGCUGCCCCCUACUCCUAAUUUCCUGUAUUUUGCCAAACUGCAUCAGAUGCCAUUUUCCCCACCUGUAACUUUUUGUGAUGAACAUUUUCUUUUUUUAUUAGUUCCCAGCAGUCUGCCGAAUGGAGAGUUUAUGUAUGUGUGGUUCUUGUAUGAGCGUAGGUGUGUCUGUAGUGUUGCAAUAGGAGGGUUAUGUUUUGUAUAUUGUAUUUAUAUCGAAGAUAUUCUCUCAACCCUUUCAAACAUGUUCAAACCUUCUAAAACAACCAUUGAAAUCAUGAUGUCAUGCUGGUGUAAAACUACAAAAUACUUAGACAUGUCAUUUUAACAAACGUGGUACAGAUACAUCCUCUACAGCUAUAGCAAAUGAAAAAUUGCAUAAUAUGCUGUGGCUGUAAUGUGAAAAUUAGGUAAAAUUCAGUGAACUCUGAAACACAAUAUCCAGCCAUUAUCAUCUCCAUUCUUACUGUAGAUAUACCACUUCUUCGUCCCUUACUGUGAAAUGUUCUUUUUGUUAUGUAUAUUUAUCAUGUACAAUCACGAUGAAUGAUUUCACCAUUAAUGUGUGACAUUUGAGAUUUUAAGAGUCUGAUGUUCAAUUUGAUUUGCUUUUAGUGGUACCCUGUGAAAUGAUCACGAUGAUGACAGACGCCUGCUUGAGUAGGGAACGUUUAGAAAAGGACAUUUCAUUGUCCUCAACGUACAUGUGCACUUCACUGUUUAACGGCCUUAGCGAAUGCGUGUUUCAACACCAAAAAUGCACCUGAGGUUAAAAGAAAAUUGUGCGAUAAUUGUGCGAGGAGAAUUGUAUUAAUGCCAUGUAUUGGUAAACUCUCCGACACAGGUUACACGUGGUUUUAAUUCACAGAUAUGUGGGUAUUCAGUAAUAUAGUGUAGAAUAUUUUUGCAUUCCUAAUCUCUGUAUCAAGGACUGUUAUUUCUUUGAAAGACGUGGUAGAUGCCUUAUUGUCAGCCUCUUUGAAAUGAGUCUAUAUUAUAGCAUACAUGCAGACAGGAUGACAAGGAAAGCAUUUAAAAAAAAAUGUAAAUGAGUGAUAGUUGUGUAUUUGGAUGAUGUUGGCAAACUGUAAAGGAAAAUUUAGUACAAGUAAUUUUUUUAAUGAAAAUGCAUAUGCCAAAAUUCGAGCAGUCGAAAUGUGUACUGGUUAACGUUCAGAAAGUAUGCAAAUGACAGAGACUGCACAGGGUGCAUUAUCUUGAAAAAAAAACAGCUUUGCUACUACUGUCACGCUUUGAAUGAACAGCCCACUCACAUUCUUUUCUUAGCUUUUUAUAAUACAGUCUACCGUGAAGCUCCUUUAACAUUUGUACAAAUUGUAUACCUAUGUACCUUUAGUCAUAUUGUAAUAUUAACAAAUAACCAAUGAAAGCAUUAAGGAAUGUUAUAUACCAGUAGCAUGUGCCUCGCCUCUUUUUGUAUUCUUCAAGCUGUUAAUACUAUGGAUUCAAAAUCAUGUCUAUAUUUCAUUCAAAUAAAGCUAGUGUA